AUGAGCCACUUCGCCUGGGGACAUGCGUCUUCGAUCGACGCGGAGCACAACGACAAAUCCGAAGAGUCGGCAGAUGACGUGGUUGCCGAAGUCGAUGUGGUACUCUCGGAUGAGCUCAAAUCUCUAUAUGUCCUCCAGUACCCAUACAAAGUCCGGGACAUACCGCCGUAUAGCACCGACGAGAUCCAACACAUCAAAUUCAAGCCCGAGCGGGAAGAACUCCAGAUACAGUUGGCUAUCGACACCCGAGGGGUCAACUACGACCGACGGAAGAGCGAAGCUAUCGCAGUGGAGGCGAAUAAAGGUAACGAGGUCCCUUAUUUCGAGUCGGGCUUCGUCGACAAACAACUCAUCACGUCGAGCAAACCGAUGCCGGUUGGGAACGAUCACAACCUCGCCGUGGGCAGGUUCGAGAGGCUACGCGACGAUGAGGGCAAAGUCAUCAGGUCGGUCCUGCACCUGACCCCAGUGAGGAAUGUGCUGGAGAUGAAGGUCAGCUGCGAAUACCUCGACACCCAGAAGACUCAGAAGGCGGAGGAGAGCAGUGAAUCGAAACCGAUCACGGUCCGCUUCGCGGGUAGAGAGAGCGAUCGAGUGAAAGCGAUCAGGCAGCGAGCCUAUUCUCAAAUUGUGAAGAAUAGUAAAGAGGAGCAAUGGGUCAAUAUGAGUUUCCGCGACAUGGAGAGCCCCGAGGCCGACCAGCUGCGCAUGCAGAUGCUCUGCGGGAACUCCGUCAAUGACAACUCUAGUAUUUUCAACGUGAAGAAUCAUGAAUACGCCACGGCGCUGACCGCUCAGCACGCUGCUGGCCUCCGAGGGGAUUCCCUACAGAACGCCAAACGAAAACCUGUCACGGACCAGGUCGCCUACAUUUUGUGCAAUACGCAUGUGAUCAGCUUCAAGAAGCUCUGUGAGAUUCUCGAGCCAGACGUUGAGCCUGCACAGGUCCUGAGAGCGGUCCAGCAAUGCGCUUGCCUCGUCCAGGGGAAUUGGAUUAUGAAAAGUGAGAUCCUCUAUCCUAAGGAUAGCUUCAGCAAUAUUCUCGGAAUUUCGGGUGCGAUCAUGCGGCGGUCUCGGAACUGCCUCUUGAUCAUGUUGAACAGCUCGUUAGAAGUCACCGGAAGUUCCUUGAGAGACAAGUUACGGAUUCCUCACGAGGAGUUGGAGGAUAUGUUGUUGAAAUUGACGAAUCACGUCGGUCCUGAUACAUAUCGGUUGAAGUACGAGCGAGACGAUGAGUUCAUCCGUACGCAUGCCGACGUUGUGAAUAGACAGAAACUCAUCUGGGAAGCUAUGAUGAAUGUGUAA